AUGACUGUUGUGCACUUUCUAUGUGCCGUGCUGGCACCCGCUCUUGCAAGGGCAGCAGCCUUUCCAUGGGCAUUACCAGAACCCACAGUGUUCGUCCCAGCAGUCGACGCCUGGAGUCCAGCGCCCACUGAAGCACCACACCUUUCCGGCUUGGACCUCUUCAGAAGGCAACAGAGCGAAACCGACAACACAUGCGGCUUUGUGUCCGGGUCAUCAGCAUCAUCAUUAACAUGUCAAAACCCCACCGCAAUCUGCGCAACAAACACCUUCUACGGCGUGCACGGCUGCUGCGACCCCGCCAGCCUCUCCUCUUGCUCAAUACCCACAACAUGCAUAGCCAAAACCGCCAUGUCGGCUACAUGUACAGACGCCGCAUGCUCCAGCAACGCCGCGAUAGUCAAAUGCACAGCCGAUGGCCUAGGCGAAUGCUACCAGUGGCUAAUCGAGUAUCCCUCAACAACCAUGACACAACACGGCUGUGCAUCGAGCCAAUUCACCAUCACAGCGCAAAGAAGCUGGGGACCAAGUAUUUCUUCCAGUAUCGAGGGACGGCGCACUGUAACGGUCACUGCGUCCGCGGUCACGACACCCACUUCCACGCUAGCCUCGUCAGCAUCCAGCAAGCAGAACAUAGGCACCAUAGUCGGCGGUACAAUCGGCGGCUGCGUCUUCCUCAGCAUCAUGGCGCUCGCUGUCUUCGUGUGGUAUAGGCGGCGCAAAGCACAGCAAGAGUCUACUUUGCAGCCCAAAACACAGUAUCAUUCUCACGUCAUGGCGGAACACAAUCCCCUUGGCUUUCACACCAAUUACGUCGAGAACGACCAUAAAUUGUGGCAGCAGCAACAUCUAGGCGCUGUGCAUCGGUCGUCUAAUGCCGUGCCUCAGUAUCCUGGGAUGAAUCAAUGUGGUGUUGUGGAGGCUGAUGGCGUGCAGAGGCCUGUCGAGGCGCCUACGUAG